AUUUCCGGAUUAUUUAUCACAUGUGGUUUCCAAUUUCAAACUUCAUCCAUGUUCACUGAAAAAUGAGGUUUGAGAUAUGAAAUACCUACGGAUGAACUCUAAGGUUUCUAAUUUGUCAUUUGCAGCGUCGGGCGCUACCAGCAAGCCUACAAAAGCAUGCUGUAUCAAUAUCAAAGGGGAAAAGUCUUUCCUUGGGCUGUUUUGACCGUGAGAACGUUUCAGGUUUAAAUCCUUGUAUCCAGUACUACGACAGACAGUCUUCGGUGAUAUUUAGGGCAUUUAUCUAAAGUUUCUCGUCAUGUUAACUUGCUGCGUCAGACACGUCUUAUUCAGGCGGCUAUCGGCACUGAAAGCCUCACAGAUCAGUGUGACUGUGCGGCUCACUGUAAUGCAGUGCAGUACAUCAUCGCGUCAGGAUUUAGAUCAGGCCAGGACUUUGCUGCGGCUCUGUGCGGACAGGUACUACAUCUCACCUGGUGAUGCUAACGUGGAGCUGUUCCAGCGCGGGGUGAGCUGCAGGUAUGGGCCUCUGGGCACGGCGCUGAGGAGAAACCUGCUGGAGCGAUGGUGGCACUCUGUGACCAGGACCACAGUUCAGGUGUUUGGGAUAGAGACUCAGCGCUGCGGCAAAGACACAGAAGCAGAUGGACCGACACCCCUACGGGUUGUUGAAUCUCAAAAAUUACAAGAAAUACUGCUGGAAAAAGAACUCAGUCAAGAAAUUCUCAUCCAGAAGAUACAGAUGGUUCUUCAGAGAUCUCCGUCCGUGAGAACAAAUUUUCUUCAUGGUGCUUUGGAGCAGUUUGUCCCUUCAUUGGAGCUGGUGAACAGGAAGCUGCCCUUCGGCCUGGCACAGACUGGUCUGUGUUUUCAGACCUCAGAUGGCUCUGGUUGUCCAGUUGAAGUCACUCAAACGUCUCUAGUUUGGUUCUGCUCUGCUCGUACCUCCUCUCAGUGGCUCGAUCACUGGACAAGACAGAGACUAAAAUGGUGGAGGAAGUUUGCCCUGUCUCCAUCAGACUUCAGUAGCAGUGAUGUUCCUGAGGCUGAGUUGGAGGAGGCAGCAUCUCGUGGCAUGAGGAUCAUCUACAGCUUCCCAUGGGGGCAAGAGACACUAGAGACGCUGUGGAACAGAGGAGACACUGAGCUUCUGCAGACACACAAAGGAGAUCGGUCCAAACUACAGUGCCAAGAUGGCCGCAAGUCAGUUCCUCACGUCAUCUCUGUAACCGCCAGCGUGGACCGUGGAAUGAUGGCCUUUCUAUUCAACUCGAUGCAGCAAAUCAAGAAAGGAAACAGUAAGCAGAAGCUGCAGCAGAGAAAGGUUCUGAAGUUGCAUCCAGUGUUGGCUCCAGUCAAAGUGGCUUUGGACAUCGGCAGGGGAGCCACUGUGGAGCUGAGGCAGGUUUGUGAAGGGCUGCUGCAGGAGUUUAUGGAGGCAAAGAUCUCUGUGUGGCCCGGGUAUCUUGAAACUCUGCCAAAAACAAUGGAGCAGCUGAAUGCAAAAUAUGAUGAGAUGGGAGUGCUUUUCACAGUGGUAGUCAGUGAGAACACGCUGGAGAGUGGCCUCCUUCAAGUACGCAACCGAGACACCACCAUCAAAGAGAUGAUUCACGUCUCUGAGAUCAAGAAAUUCCUCUUGAGAUAUAUUUCUGCUGCUGACAACAUUUGAGUGGACCUUUUGGUUGUGCAACUAAAAUGAUUUUUUUGUAUAUUGUAGAGCAUCAGUGUCUCAUCUAUCUUAACAAUGCACAUGUACAAGUCAGAGACUACCACAGAGAUAUACUUCUGGUGAACAGAGAAUUAAAUGAAAACGAUUUUUUUCUUCUGAAUGACUUUUGCCAAGUAUGACACAACGGGAAUCUUUCUUUUACUCUGGUUAAUUUAGAUUUCUUUUGGUAAUUCUGUAUCUCACAUUAGAUCAUUUUGGAUUUAAGGGUAAUAACUAAGACACUUUAACCACAGACAGUAUUUAGAUGUAUACAGAUUAGUAGAUUUAAACUCAUUCUUUAACCUCAUCUCAGUUCUUCACUUUUGCUGUUUAACCUACUCUGUAUAACUAUGUCGUUUAUCUGCGUGUGAUUUUGAACACAGGAAUUCUAGAAAAACAUGUUAUUUCUCUGUGUUUUUUAAUAAAUCAUUCAAAAUUU